CCCCUUCUUGGAAACCGCUUUUUACCUUCCAAAUUCUUCUAUAUAUUGAUCCUCCACAACCCUUUUUCCUCAAACAAUUUUCAACUUUCCUAAAUGGAUACUUCUACUUCAAGAAAAUCAAACUUCAAUGAUUUCUUGCCUAUGAUGGCUGAAAAACUAGGUGGGGAUGGUUUAAUAGGUGAGUUAUGUAAAGGGUUUCAGUUAUUAAUGGAUAAAGAUAAAAGGGUCAUUACAUUUGAGAGUCUCAAGAAGAAUUCAGCUUUGUUAGGACUUCAAGAUUUGAAUGAUGAUGAUCUUAAGAGUAUGCUUAAAGAAGGUGAUUUUGAUUGUGAUGGAGCUCUUAAUCAGAUGGAAUUUUGUGUGCUGAUGUUUAGAUUGAGUCCUGAGUUAAUGGAGCAAUCUCAGUUUUUGUUAGAUGAAGCUCUUCAUCAAGAGUUCAAAUUGUAACAUUCCUUUUUAUCCUGUACUUACUCUAUUGUAAAAAGGCUCUUAAAGAUUGUUACUUUUUAUCUUUUGUAUAAUUGCACAUUGAAAUACAUACAGAAAGGUGAAUCCAUUGAGGAAA